AGAACGUUCGAACCUUUACGAUACGGCGUAUGAAUGCGAGGGCAAAACACUGAGGAUAGAGUGCGGAGAGGGAGAAUUGAUACAUCUGAUAAGAGCAAACUAUGGAAGGUUUUCGAUAACAAUAUGCAACGAACACGGGAACACAGAUUGGAGCGUCAACUGCAUGGCUCAGAAAUCUUUCCGCGUUCUCUACAACAAGUGCAAUUUGAAACAAAACUGCAGUAUCACAGCUUCGCCGGUACAUUUUGGAGACCCUUGUCCCAGUACGCUUAAGUACCUCGAAGCGCAUUAUCAGUGUCAAUCUGCUGCAACGACAACAACGACAUCAAGACCAAGUCCACCGUGGUUGAUAACCACUCAGCCAAGUGUAUGGACUACGGGCAGUCCCAGCGUGAGACCGCCAUCCAGGACAACGAGUUUCCCAGCUCAACUCCCGGCUAUAACCACCCUCGGUCCGUCCGUAACAACCCCGUCCAGCCCGGCAAGCUCGGCUCGGCCAGUUGUUGUCGAUGAGACUGAAGACGUCGAGAGGGAUGAUUUGAGGCCCUCUUCCAAGGACAAUGUCAGUCCGCUCGCGCCCGUUGUUCCAGUAACCACUGAGUCAUCUACAGAACACAGUUAUGUAUCAUGGAAGACCAGCCGGCGGCCUAUUGUGUCGACGAGCAUUCCGUAUACCGAUCACAACUCGAACGGCAAGUGGCACGAGUACAACCGACAAGUUUGUCCGCCAACGGCAGCCCGGCAGCUCAUCUGGAAUGCGACGCGAGCCGGAGAAAUCGCGCUCCAAAGUUGUCCCGGCGGAGCUAACGGUCUGGCCAAGUGGAAAUGUGUCGCCACGGAGGACUCGGCGGUGUGGUUCCGCGACUCCCCGGACCUCAGCGAGUGCCGGACCCUCUGGCUUACUACCCUGGACAACCGCGUCUCCGAGGGCGACACCAUCCUGUCGAUCGCCCCCGAGCUCGCCGUCGUCACCGACAACACCCGCAUCCUCUACGGCGGGGAUAUGAUGACCACCACCAAAAUAAUCCGCAACAUGGCCGAGAAAAUGUCCCAGAACAUCAGAAACUAUCAGGACCCCCGGCAGAGAGAAGUUAGCGUUACCGAGUUGCUCCAAAGUGUCGUUAGAACUGGAAGUAACUUGCUCGAUACCGCUCAAAUGGCCUCCUGGAAGGACUUGAGCCAUCAAGAGCAGAUGAGAGUCGCAACCUCCCUGCUUAUUGGGCUGGAGGAAAACGCUUUUCUUCUUGCUGAAACACUUAAUCAGCAGAAAACUUUUGUACAGCAGGGAACUAAUAUAUUAAUGGAAGUGCGAGUACUAGAAAUCCGCAACAUAAUCAGCGGGUCAGAAAUCUUCCCCCCGGAGUCGGUCCAGGAAAAGUGGACGGUGUCAAACAACCGCGUGGAGCUCUCGAAGCAGUCGUUGCUGGAGAACAGCAGCGAGGACGGGAUAGUCAGGCUGGUGUUCAUGGCGUUCGACCGGCUGGAGGAGAUUCUCCAGCCUCAAAUAGAGGACUCGUUCGUGAGCCUGAACGAGGAAGCCCGCUUCCCGCGGAAUAUCAGCAACAGAAUACUCAACAGCAAAGUUAUCUCGGCAUCUCUGGGAAAAGGUCGGCACAUGCAGCUAUCCGAGCCAGUUCGUAUCUAUUUUGAGCACCUCGCCGUUGAAAACGUAACUAAUCCCACUUGUGUGUACUGGGAUUACGUAAUGAGCGUUUGGUCGGAGCAAGGCUGUCGCACUACAAGAAGCAACGAGACUCAUACCGUCUGCGAGUGCAAUCAUCUGACAAACUUCGCGGUCCUGAUGGACGUCCACGCGGUUAAGCUGGACAUGACGCACCAAGUCGCGUUGCAAAUCGUCACCUACGUCGGAUGCAUCAUCUCGGUCGUCUGUCUCGUUCUCACUAUCAUGACAUUUCAGCUGUUUCGCGGACUCAAGUCGGACCGGACAACCAUUCAUAAGAAUCUUUGUGUCUGUCUACUUAUCGCAGAAGUAUUAUUUGUUUGCGGGAUCGGACAAACCGACCAAAGAAUUGUCUGCGGCGUUGUCGCUGGUCUCCUACAUUUCUUCUUUCUUUGUGCUUUCGCCUGGAUGUUCCUCGAAGGUUUUCAAUUGUAUGUAAUGCUAAUAGAAGUGUUUGAAGCUGAAAAAUCCCGCCUACGCUGGUACUACUUAAUAGCAUACGGCGGUCCAUUGCUAGUUGUUGCAAUUUCUUGCAUAAUAGAUCCUCUGAGUUAUGGAACAGAUCGAUACUGCUGGCUUAGGGCAGACAACUACUUCAUCUUCAGCUUCGUGGGACCCGUCAUACUCGUUAUACUGGCAAACGUUGUGUUCCUGUCGAUGGCGAUAUAUAUGAUGUGUCGACACGCAAACACCGCGGUAUCUAUGAAAAGCAAAGAACACUCACGACUCGCGAGUGCUAGGGCAUGGCUGAGAGGCGCUAUCAUGCUAGUAUUCUUACUAGGAUUAACCUGGACCUUCGGAUUGCUCUAUUUAAACCAAGAAACCGUAAUAAUGGCGUACUUAUUCACGGCGCUAAACAGUCUGCAAGGAAUGUUUAUAUUUGUCUUUCAUUGCAUUCAAAAUGAGAAGGUGCGUAAGGAGUACAGAAAAUUCAUAAGAAGACACUCGUGGCUGCCAAAGUGUCUUCGCUGUUCAAAGACAGUAACAGGAAGUUCCGGUGGCGGGUCUUCGGGAACGAGCGUAGGAGCAGCGGGAGUAAACGGAGGCAAGGACUUUUCAUCCCACAACACAUCCUCGAACCCGUCGGCCCCGACGACUGAUAGCUCUGGAUUAUCGCCGCAUGCGGCAUCAAAUGUGGGUACUACGGCAAACAAUCACCCAAAUAACAACAACAACAAUCUACUGACAGCAACGUCACCAAACAACAAUACGAAUCUUUCGAUAAAUGUCAACCUGAACAAUUUAUCUGUGAGAUCGCCAAACGGGGCACACCAGAUGCACAUGAUGGCACCUAGCAACCACAAUAGGCAUCCUGGCCAGCAAGGUAUCCAUAAGCCGCUUAUACACCAAACCAGGAAACCCGUUCGAGGUCUCUCGCUUCACUUUCGCAUAUACUUGAUGUCAGGGCGAGGCUGGCCAAACAACGAUAGACAACCAGCGGCACCGGUGGCACCAGUAACUCGCGAGACCGCAUCUACAGAUGCAUCCGCAGUCGCUACUUUGCCGCACACUCGUCACGCAUUUUUUCCGUCAGCUCCUAAUAUCCCAAAAUCUGCCACCGCCACUUGGGGCCCUAUUAACAAAAACCUCAUGUGGAAGAACAUUUCUUUUAAGUCGUAUUCCCGUGACUCCGGACACGGCGGUUCCGAGCAAGAGGAAUCCCCGCGUACCCACAACACAAUGACCCUCGGCGGACACACAGGACGAACUCGGGGCAGCAGCAGGCAACUGAUGACGGACAUCACCAACCUGGACAUCAACAACCGAUCAUCGAGCAUCGCGGGAGUAGCCGGGGGCAUAGGUCGCCGAGCAGCCUCUCCGUACAACCACACUUACACGGAGAUCCGGGACGGAAGUCGCCCGGGAACGGGGUACCACACGAACCACACUCACGUCCACCUGUCCCGCGGGCUGGUGGGCGAGGACGACCCCGUCUACGAGGAGAUAGAGCGAAACGGGAGCGGCGUCGUCGGGGAGAUCCAGGUCUCGGACAUGUCCGACGAGGACGGCCGUCGCCAGAGCGACAUGAGCCGGCAAUCUUCACGCAGCUACGGUGACCACCGGCCGCUCAUCCCUUAUUCACCCGCGAACGACCGGAACUUUGUCCACUACGGACAGUCAAUGGACCGGAACAACCUCCUGCAGUACGAGCCCUCCCAGUACAGCCCGGCUCAAGAGCGGACUCUAAACGCCUGCUGGGAGAAGCUCCGGCGCCAGCAGGCCAAGUACGAGCUCGGCGAGAUCAACAAUCGCCUCCAGUCAAACACCUACGGGAUGUCCCAGCCCGACCACACCAGGACCGUCGCCGUCCUUGAUGGACAUACGGUUGUUUGUCAUCUUCAACCUCAGACGGACAUGUACACCGGUCGCGGGGUCCCUCCGCCCUCUUAUAGCGAGUGUUAA